AGUUUCGCACUCGUCGGUUGGUUUCGGUUGUCUCUUGUGUCCAGCUUAUUUCCUUCUUCCAUGCUUGUUACCCCGUGCUCUUGCUAAUCUUGUUGGCUGGUGUUUGGUGUGUGGUGUUUGAUGUGGUCCAUGUAUGCGUGCAUAGAUGAUGGUGUGCCUGCGUAAAGAACAAACGCAGCCUACAGCCGCACGGUGCAAAAGUUUAACGAUGUGUGAUGCUCCUUUGUGUUCACCAAGUUAGCGGUCUCAUAGGCCGGCUGAUGUAAUCAAGAGCAACUCUAUCUGAAUGGCGUUAUUUUUUAUAUCCUUUUUUGUACCGUUGGCUUCAAGGACACCUUUCGCGGCCGGUAGACGCAGGCAUUUCCUCACGCACGUUGCAACGUUAUGAGGAAACGUGAAAAUGCGUUACUCCGAGCAGUCACCGUAGAUCAGUUAAUUUCGGCCGCUCGAACUUGGUAAGCAACUUUAUCAUUUGGUGACCUCUUAAUUAUGCACCUAUGCACAAGAGCACAUUCAAUAGCUUUCUAUGGAAGCUGGGGUGGCGUGCGUACUACAAGCGAAACUAUUUUCGUGUGGCACAAAGCGGUGUGCCAUGAACUUAACGUGCUCUGCGGUGCACACAUAGCAAAUCUCUAGAUCCAUUCUUGUUAACGAGAGCUCUAACCGACAUCUGACAGAUCGGAACGGUUUUUACAUUGUACCGGCCCUGACCGCGGGAAUUCUUCGUAGCAUAUAUCUUUGGGGAACAUUUCCUGAAGUUCUAUAUAGCUAUAGGGAGAUCAUUUUCCAUUGGGUCCUGCGCGAGUAGUGGUGCUCUAUGCUUUCACUGCGCAACUACAGUUUGACGACAAAAGUCAUCGUGAGCUUGUGAUCCUGUCCUUGUGUGUGGCUUCUAAACUUCGAAUAUAUUCGACGUAUUAUCUAUGCAAGAGGCUUUCAAAAGUAAUCAGACAAUUAAGUGACCUGUGUCAGCUGGCUUGCCUCAUUUUUACAAAAAUCAAGGUCAGGACACCCUUCCGCUUUUCAGCAUGUUUCAAAUAAUAGCUGCUUUGAGGACCACAAAGCAGAUACGGUUCAAGUGCCGAGGUAUUAGUCAGCGCUGCAUCGCCACCAAUGAGGUCCCAAUUGUGGAGCGCGAGGUCCGAGAACUGCAGAUCCCCAUUCCAUAUGGGCAUCUGGCAGCUAAGCAGUGGCUGCCCACAUCUGCCGAGGACCCACGCAGACGUGUUCUCCUGCUGCACGGUUUCCAGGACAAUGCUGGGAGCUUUGACCACCUUGUGCCAAGGCUUGACCCUCGAUGGCAUGCUGUGGCCCUUGACUUCACGGGCCACGGCCUAUCGUCACACUUGCCCAAAGGGGCACCGUAUGUUUCGACACAGUUUUUGCUCGACAUAUCACGUGCAGCUAACCAUCUUGGCUGGAGUCAGUUCUCUGUGAUUGGACACAGCAUGGGAGGCCAUGCGGCCAUGAAUUAUGCCUGCAUCUUACCUGAGAGGGUGGAAAAUUUGGUGUUGAUUGACGUCUUGGCCCCAUGGUAUGAGCAACCAAGCAAAGUUUCACGCACCUUUAGAGGAGUGUUAGAGGGCAACAUGCAACUUGAACAGAAGGAUCUCAGCAGGCCACCUGUCUACACGGAAGAGGAAGUGAUAAAGCUUUACAGGCAUAGCUUAGUUCCGGGCUACCUUCCUGACAACAUUAGAAUACUGAUGAAACGUGGUUGCAAGCCUGUUGGGGACGGUCGUUACAUCUUCACCAAAGACGUCCGGCUUAGGUACACCCAGUGGAUUCGAAGCGACAGUGCUGCUUUGAAAGAGUACUACAGUGGCUACACCAACAACCUCUUGGUAGUGAUGGCAGUUCCUGGCCUCGGGGGCUUGUCUGUAAAUCAUAAGAUAGUGUCUGAUGCAUGCGCACAAAGCUGCUGCAGCUUUCAGAUCGUUGAAGUAGAGGGCAACCACCAUGUGCACAUGACUCGUCCAGAUGCCGUGGCUAGUCACAUACGUCCCUUUUUAGAUCCAAACUGAUGUGAUAAAUACCGUAUUUACUCGCAUAAUGAACGCGCCCCCCACUUUUACAAUCAAGAAGUGUUUCCUUUUUCUUUUCCUCGCCUAAUGAACGCACCCUGAUAUGGCGUCCGGUGGGUCAUGAUUGUAUCGAAUGCCGUAUCAGACGCCGAAUCGGACACCAAAUCAUACCGUGUGUCUCCUACUUUUAUUGUGAUGGCAAUUAUAUGGAGACUCCAGGCAUAUUUUGGCCAUCGGCGCUGACGAUCGUGCCUCUAUCUCCCGCUUUUGAGGGAGGAAAGCGGGGAUGAAGCGCGCCGUAUUCCGUUGCGCGGAUGGCGCCGUGGGAAAGGCAGGGAGGGGGUGCGGCGCAGCAAGUCGGCAUUGUGCGGCCGCGCGCGUCUUUUCUUGAAAGCGAUGUGCUUCUGGGGCUGGAUCUACCGGUGCGACAGCGGCUUAUACCUUUGUGCGUGCUCCAUUCUCGCCACUCAGUUUGCGUUGAAGCGAUACACAGCACAAAGGUUACUUCACUCGCUGUUGCUGGCACGCUUCCUCACGCCAACGUUCUAACAGUGAGUGUCCGCGGUCAUCGAGUGUGAUGUGUUCAUGUUUGCCUGUGCGCGCUGACACCAUGCUUGUUAAUUUACAUAGUUAACGAAUGUUUGCAAGUUUAUACAGCCGAUAAAACUAUUAUCCUUACUUUGAGUAGUUGUCUACGUUUUUGCUAUCGCAAUCGAUGGUUCGCCUUUCGGGCGAAACUGCGUCUUUUUUAGAGGUGCCCGCGGAAAAAAAGAUCGCUCAAAAUUUUACCCCACAUAAUGAACGCAUCCCCAACUUUGCGCAUAUUAUACGGGAAGAAAAGUGCGUUCAUUAUGCGAGUAAAUACGGUAAUACAAUAACCUAAAUUUUCUUUUGUCGUUUCUUAUCCUAGCUGGCAGCCAAGGUGAUAAUUUGUGUACAGUGGUGAUGCAUUUCAUCACCAAUGAUGCAUGUUGUGGAUGAUGUCAUCUAUGGCUUCAAGGUGGGUGUGCUGUGUACGCUGCUGUUGUUUGGCAAACCUGGAAGUAGUGCCGGAUUAGGGUGGGG